UCACGGUUUGCUUAGAUUACUCAAUUAUAAUAACUACUAAGGUAUUCCUAAAGUAUGUGUUUGACUGUGAGCUAUAUACGUUUAUUAUGAACUGUGAGGCACGCCAAGCCGACUGGCGACUACGGACACGAUACUUGUAUGCACCAUACACCAGCUGCCGGCUUUUAUAAAAUAGUUGUUAGUUGUUACUCGUUUAUUGUUAAUUGUUACCUAUAAAGUGCGAGACUCCUGAUUCCAUAGUCCAUAGUGCCAUAGUACGUGACAUUAAUCAACCGUUCAUACUUCAUUCAACCUUAACAACAACUGCUUACAUUCGUUCACUGAACUGUAUGUCUAUUAAUAAUGUAAUUUGCAUAAAUCAAUACCGCAGGAUUGAUUAAAUUUUUUUUGUACUUCUAAUUGCGUACUUGCAUUACCAAUAAAAAUACCGAAAAUGAUUCGAUUGAACGUUCCUUUGGUACCCGACAAAAACGUUCUCAACAAUUUAUUCGAAAAAAACAUUUGUACAGUGAACGACUUCCUCCAAAAGAAAACUUCUAAUUUGCAAAGCGUAUGCAAUUUACAAUGCAAGGAAAUAACAAAACUAAAAGAUACUAUGACAGUUAAGUGUUCAUCACCAUUAAUUAAUGGAUACACACUUUAUUUAAGUAAAACAUUAUCGACAUUCAUUCAAACUGGAAUUCUUAAAUUAGAUAACCUACUUAAUGGAGGAUUAUUUGUUGGUAACAUAUAUGAACUAUGUGGUCCAUCUGCUUGUGGAAAAACGCAACUAUGUAUUAGUAUUCUAUUAAAUAUUAUAAUAACUACAAAAAAAGAUAUAGUUUACAUAGAUACUAGAAACAAAUUUUCAGUGAAAAGAAUUAAACAAGUAUUGAAAAAUAAAAAUAUGACAAAUAGUGAAAUCAAUGAUAUUUUGAAGAAAAUUCAUGUGUACUCUGUUAUAGACAUUCACAAUUUAAUAACUUGCUUACAUGGUCUAAAAGAAAAAUUGGACCCUAUCAUAAUCAUAGAUUCUCUACCCGCACUAUACCUAUCAUUUAUAGGAUUUUAUAAGAAUGAUGGUUUAUGCUAUAUAAAUCAUAUAAGUUCUGUUUUAAAAUAUUUAUGCAAUAAAAAUGCUACAAUUUUGGUAACAAAUUUAGCUGUAAAAAAUUGUGAUUUUACAAAUGAUUUCAAGCCCGCUAUUGGAAAAUAUUGGUUUCAUAUACCUAACACAAGAUUAAUGAUCACUACAAUAAUAAAUCAACAACAACAGAUGUGUAUAAAUAUUCCAAAAAGUGUAUAUAUACCUUUAGAUAAUAAAUGUAUAUUAAGUAUUAAUGAUUAUGGAGUUUCAUCAAAUUUAUAAUAAUUUAAUAUCCUUUAAUACUUCAUGUUUAUAUUAAGAUUUUAAGAAUAAAAAUUGUUAAAGCGUGAAAAUAUAAA